GGAAACGGGCGCUUGUUUCCGGCCGGACGGCCGAAAGCCACCGAUCCUGAACCAGCCGCUGGAGUCGGAGUGGCGACCCGGUGUGGAGGAGCCGGCGGAAAGCCAUUGGGAAGAGGCCAGCUCCGGUCAGUCCCGGCUUGGCUCCAGCUCUAUCUCCUGUGGAGAGCAACAGCCGCGGUCGCAGUGUCCGCCUCCGCCUCCAUCGUCGUCGGGGGAGGGGCCGCUUGGACCCCGGGGUCACUGCCGAGGAAUGAGGCGAGGCGGCCGGGCCCCGCGCUCCGCCCCGGCCUAGAGCCUUGCCCCGAGAGUCGCGAGGUGAGAGCAAGAUCCUUUGCUAAGGGUAAGUGAGACAGCUUCUUGAGUAGGAGGCUCAGAAAAAAGUGGUGAAGGUGUGAGACUGUCCUGAGACAACUUCAUGGUGUAACAGAGUUCUGCAAGAAGGGGUAAGAAGCGAGUCUGUUCAGGUUCCCUACUCUGCUGUCAUCCUAAUCUAGUUCAUCAUUCAUUUCCUAAGUCUGCUGCUGUCUCAGACUCUUCUCACCAGAGUCAGUAUGGUUGUAACAACGCCAACAGCAAAGGUCUUUAAAACCGUAUCAUUCUGGUCAGAGCCUGGAUUUGGAUCUAUGUUCUGCUCACAUCCUGCUGCCUGAGAGUACCUGAUGAUCCCAUGACCCUGGACAUGGAUGCUGUCCUGUCGGAUUUUGUUCGUUCCACAGGUGCAGAGCCAGGGCUGGCUCGAGAUCUUCUAGAAGGAAAGAACUGGGAUGUGAGUGCUGCCCUCAGUGAUUUUGAACAGUUGCGUCAAGUCCAUGCUGGGAACCUAUCCCCACCCUUUAGUGGAGGGAGUACUUGCCCUAAGACCCCUGAAAAAGGGGGUUCGGAUAGAGAGCCCACUCGCCCUUCUCGACCCAUCCUUCAGAGACAAGAUGACGUCAUUCAAGAAAAACGCCUGUCUAGGGGCAUCUCCCACGCCAGCUCCAGCAUUGUUUCCCUGGCCCGCUCCCAUGUCUCCUCCAAUGGUGGGGGUGGGGGGAGCAGUGAGCACCCCCUGGAAAUGCCCAUCUGUGCCUUCCAGCUUCCAGAUCUCACUGUGUACAAAGAAGACUUCCGCAGCUUCAUAGAGCGAGACCUCAUUGAGCAGUCCAUGCUGGUUGCCUUGGAACAGGCAGGGCGUCUGAAUUGGUGGGUUAGUAUGGACUCCACCUGCCAGAGGCUGCUCCCUUUAGCAACUACUGGGGAUGGGAACUGCCUCCUGCAUGCAGCAUCUCUUGGGAUGUGGGGUUUCCAUGAUAGAGACUUGGUGCUGAGGAAAGCGCUGUAUGCACUGAUGGAGAAGGGGGUGGAGAAGGAAGCACUGAGAAGGCGCUGGAGGUGGCAGCAAACACAGCAGAAUAAAGAGUCAGGACUGGUGUAUACGGAAGAUGAGUGGCAGAAGGAAUGGAAUGAAUUGAUCAAACUUGCUUCAAGUGAACCCAGAAUGCAUCUGGGUUCCAACGGAGCCAGUGGUGGUGGAGUGGAGAGCUCCGAGGAGCCGGUAUAUGAAAGCCUAGAGGAAUUCCAUGUCUUCGUCCUUGCUCAUGUGCUCAAGAGGCCCAUAGUGGUCGUGGCAGACACCAUGCUGAGGGACUCUGGAGGGGAAGCAUUUGCCCCUAUCCCAUUUGGAGGGAUCUAUCUGCCAUUGGAGGUUCCAGCCAGCCAGUGUCACCGAUCCCCUCUGGUGCUCGCCUAUGAUCAGGCCCACUUCUCUGCGCUUGUGUCGAUGGAGCAGAAGGAGAGCGCCAAAGAACAAGCUGUGAUCCCACUCACAGAUUCAGAGCACAAGCUGCUGCCCCUGCACUUUGCUGUGGACCCAGGAAAGGGCUGGGAGUGGGGCAAAGAUGACAAUGACAAUGUCCGAUUGGCCAGUAUAAUUCUGUCUCUGGAGGUGAAGUUACAUCUGCUGCAUAGCUAUAUGAAUGUGAAGUGGAUCCCACUGUCUUCUGAUUCACAAGCUCCCCUAGCUCAGCCUGAGUCCCCCACAGCCUCAGCUGGAGAUGAACCCAGGUCCACUCCUGAGUCUGGGGAGUCAGACAAGGAGUCGGUUGGCAGCAGUUCUCUCGGCAACGAGGGCAGCAGGCGGAAGGAGAAGUCAAAGCGAGACCGGGAGAAGGACAAGAAGAGAGCAGAUUCCGUGGCUAACAAACUGGGCAGCUUUGGCAAAACCUUGGGCAGCAAGCUUAAGAAGAACAUGGGGGGCCUGAUGCACAGCAAGGGCCCCAAGCCUGGAGGGCUGGGGAGUGGGUCUGGAAUAAGCAGUGGUACGGAGACAUUAGAAAAGAAGAAGAAGAACAACACAUUGAAGAGCUGGAAGGGUGGCAAGGAAGAGGCUGCUGGGGAUGGGCCUGUGUCUGAGAAGCCCCCGUCUGAGUCUGUUGGCAAUGGCGGGAGCAAGUAUAGCCAGGAGGUGAUGCAAAGCCUGAGCACUAUGAGGAUCGCAAUGCAAGGGGAGGGCAAGUACAUUUUUGUUGGAACCCUGAAGAUGGGCCACCGGCACCAGUAUCAGGAGGAGAUGAUCCAGCGUUACCUUGCAGAUGCUGAGGAAAGAUUCCUGGCAGAGCAGAAGCAGAAGGAGGUUGAGAGGAAGAUCAUGAAUGGAGGGUUAGUUAGUGGGCCUCCUCCAGCCAAAAAGCCAGAGCCGGACGGUGGGGAGGACCAGCCCAGUGACUCCCCCGCAGAGCCCAAGGCGAUGGCCUUCUCUACUGCUUACCCUGGGGGCUUUACUAUCCCUCGGCCUUCUGGGGGUGGAGUCCACUGCCAGGAACCCCGGAGGCAAUUGGCAGGGGGGCCAUGUGUAGGGGGCUUACCAUCAUAUGCCACCUUUCCCAGACAGUAUCCUGGGCGACCGUACCCCCACCAGGACAACAUCCCAGCUCUGGAGCCAGGCAAAGAUGGAGUUCACAGGGGUGCCUUGUUACCACCCCAGUUCCGUGUGGCUGAUUCCUAUAGCAAUGGCUACAGAGAGCCCCCAGAGCCAGAUGGAUGGGCUGGAGCUCCACGGGGACUUCCCCCAACCCAGACCAAAUGCAAACAACCGAACUGCAGCUUCUAUGGACACCCUGAGACAAACAACUUGUGCUCUUGCUGUUACAGGGAAGAACUGAGGCGGAGGGAGCGGGAACCUGGUGGGGAACUGCUGGCACACAGGUUCUGAGUGGCUGGAACCUUAGUGGGGACAGGGGCUAAACAAAGAAAGUUAAGCUCAACUCUGGCUCAUCAGGACCCAGCCCCUGUGUUGAUGGGGCAAGUGCAGAGAGGGGUGUGGGGGCUGGAGUGCUGGCAGUCUGGUGGGAGCAGGGCUGGGCUAGCUAGCACUACCCCAGGGCAGUACUGCUCCUGCGCACACAGUUGACUUGAGACUUCAAGGCAGAAGGGGGAAGCUCAUAACCUCUUCUGUCCCAAUCCCAGGGCCCAAGGGAAAGUAGGGAAAUACUAGGUGUGUGUGGGUGGGAGGUGGGUGGACACCUUCGGGGAGGAACCUGGAAAGAAAGUUCUCAAGUCAGUUAAGGAAAAAAUAGACCAAAGUUCAUUGACUUUAGAAAAAAAGCACAUGGUGGUGUAGUUGGGAGUAUUGAGUCGAUCUGAGAUACUGAACAAAUUUGAUUUUGGUUUGAAUUAGGUAGAUAUUAGGGUUGAAUAAAUUCUCCCUGAAGGAUCAAGGCAGUAAUGUAUGUGCUUGGCCUGGUUACACAGAAAGGGUGGUUUAAAUCCCAGUGAAUGGAAAUAGGAAGGAGGAACUUAAAGGGGAGUCUUUCCUAGAGAGUUUUAUGUUCUUCUAGAUACUCAUCUGCCAUCCAUUCUAGUUUUAGGGGAGACUGCCUGUUGCCCUACCUUUUCCUCAUCCUUUUUAAGGAUUGAGCUCAGCUAAGUUAAGAUGUGAUUUUUUUUUUAAAUAUUUUUUUUUAAAGCAAGUUCCCUUUGGGAAAGAGAAGAGUGGUAAGAAGCAACCUUGUAUAUGGGGUUUCUUCAGGUGAACGGGUGCAGAGUGAUCUAUUUUUUAACUACUUAGCAAUAACUACAUGUGGGUUUGAGUGCACCUGAGAAGGGGUGGAGGAGCCCAGAUGUUUGGCUAGACUGUUUGAAACAAUACCAAAAACCUCUAUAGAGCACUAUCCUCUGCUGCUGUGUUUCUGUAGAAAGCAACCUAUUUUACUAAUUUUUUAAAGAAAGACAGGACCCUGACAGAGAACAUUUAAAAGUUACUGACUCCUGCCCCUACCUAAGUGGGUUUCUCCUUCCUGUCACUUCUGGAGAGUGAACUUAACACCCUGGCUUCUUUUGUUAAGCCGUGGCUGACCUUAAUCUGUGGUUAGUUUAUUAAAAUAAUAAAAAAUACUUUGUAAGAAAAAUUAUUUUUGAUAUUAGGGCUGGUGUUGAAGCAUGGGAUGGGGGCUAGGGGCCACUUUGAAAGGUAGCUAGAGAACUCUAUUUUAGUGAGCUGUCGCCAUGGGCCGCACGGUCCCAGUGAUCUGACCUGCCUUUGGAUAUCUCCCUUUUCCUGAGCCAGCCCUGUUCUCCAGAGGGGUAGGGCUGGACCCAGUGGUGAGAGCUCCCUUGCAAUUUGCACAAAGCACAAGUCUGGACAGCUUCUGCUCUGACCAGAGCUAUUUCUAAGAGCUUUAAACCUGAAGGCUAUCCUGCGCCAAUUGUCCCUUCUCCUUAUUUUUUUUCCUGGGGAAAAAUCAUCUAUGCAAUUCUAUACAAAUGAAUUCUGUGUUCAUUUGUGGAUGCAAAUGAAGAAGGGGUGAGUGCACUGCACGUGUCCAGAGUUACCUGGGGCUGUUUCUGGGCUCCAAUUUCUCUGCUGAGGUAUGUCAUCACCCACUAAUGGAAUGUUAUCCCCGAAUUUGAUUUAAGUCACAAAUGGCUAGAUGUGCAUGUUUGUGCGUGUGUGAGAUGGGACUCCAGUGCAUGUUUCCUCUGCCUAGUCAGAAAAAUGAUCAAACACCUCUCUUUGGUAACAAAGCUAGUCAAGACUUCUUUAUGGAAUUAUUAAGUUUAAGAAGUUGUCCCCCACCCCCUCAAAAAGUUUGAAAGUCAUUCACUUCCAAGUCUGCCAAUCUGUUGAUUUCAUAAUUUCCCAUCAUUAUUUUUUGACUAUUUUUUGUUUGUAUCUUUGCUAUGUAGCCCUGGCUAGCCAGUCUGGUACUUGCUAUAUAACCCAGGUUAGCCUCCAACUCAUAGCAACCCUCCUGCCUCAGUCUUCUGAGUGCUGAUACCUAGGCAUGAACCACCACACCCAGCUUUCUACAGGCUGAAACCUAGUAUGAGAUAAGCAUUUCUGGCAGGUGCAUAAUUUAAAGAUCUACUAGGAAAUUGAGGGUUAUUUUUGUUUUGUUUUUAGAUAGGAUCCUAUCCUGUAGCCCAGGCUGUCCUUGAAUGUAUAUGAUCUUGCUUCAAAUUUGCCAAGUUCUGGGAUCACAUCAUACCAGACAUUUUUUAAAAUUUCAAUAUAUAAGCAUUAAAAACCCAGAUUGAACAAAACAUCAAAAUCUUAGGAUGUAUCAGGAAUGGUAUUAAGGUGAAAGAGGUAAGAGCCCUUAAUUGAACAAAUAUGAGGACAAAUCCUGUCUACUUAAAUUGUGAUAUGUUCAUAAAGAUGUUUUUACAUUUAAAAAUUUUUAUUUUCUUUAAAUACUGUAUCAAGACAGUACUUAUCUUGAUUCGUGAGUUUUAAGCACUCCUUCAGUUUUCUCCCAGUGAGUGGUAGGUGAAUGCCUCGUGCCUUGCUAGCAUCACCUCAGACUUGUCCCAGUUUCUGAAGCUUGAAUAAUGCAGGUGAAACCUUCACCGUGAGCCCCUCUUCCUGGCUGCAGUCACCCUGUGUGCACUUCUGUCAUCCUUCUCCCACAACAUACAUAGGAUGCCUACCUGCCUGGGUGGGAAUGCAAACAGCCCAGCAGGGGUUUUCCUGUAGAAUAAAACCAGGGAAUUCCAUUUCCUUUGGGCUGCUGUGUUUGGACUUGGUCUGUUAUUAGAUUGUAUAAACUGAGGACAAAUGAAGAGAAUCAGAAAACUUGUAUCAUGUUGUUUUUAUUUAUAUAGUACCCAAUCUUAGUUCUGCUUGCCUUUCUGAAGAGAAAAUAAAAAAGUUCCAGGGAAAGGGAAGAGAGGUCUAAGGUCAUAUGGGAAAUGGGUAUUGGGUCUUUUAACUUUUUGUUAAAUUAGUUUUAAUUUGGAGGGUGACUAUUAAGGCAUCAAUUUUAAAGAUGAGGGACUCUGAGACAUUAUUAUUUUUUUAAUGAGGGCUUGUGAGAUUUUCAUUCUGUGUUUUUUAGGGUGGAGGAGGGGUUGAGUAGGGGUGGAGUUAAGGAACGUCUGGGAAACAAAACAAAGAUCAACUUGUUCAGAAUAAGCAAGCCCAUGCAGAUACUGUGGUGGGGAGAAGGGAGGGUUGUGUGGGGAGCAUCCACGUGAGUAAACCUUCCUUAUUUACGAGGGUCCUGUGUGUGAUGGGGGUGGGGGUCCUAGACGAGGUAAGUCCUCAUCUCUCAGGCUUACAUUAAGUGCAAUUACUCUUUAUAAUCCAGGGCAUCUGGGGUCCUACUAAAGUUUUAACGGAGAGAGAUCUUCAGGGUUCUUAUUUUCCUCCUUUCCACUCUCUCCACCCUGCAUCCUCUGUACCAUCCCCAACUUAAAGCCAGUACACCAGAGGGCUGACCUCCAAACCCCUUAACUCAGGCUGGCUUAACUGGGCAGUGGUGGCUCACACCUUUAAUCCCAGCACUUGCCAGGCGGAUUUCUGAGUUCGAGGCCAGCCUGGUCUACAGAGUGAGUUCCAGGACAGCCAGGGCUACACAGAGAAACCCUGUCUCGAAAAACCAAAAAAAAAAAAAAAAAAAGGAGAAUUGAAAAAGGGUUUCCUCAUACUGCAGUUUGUAAAUGAUAUAAAUUAUAUCUUUUUAUUUAGUUUUUAAGAUGCAAUUUCUAAGAGUGAGGGAUGGUGUUAAGCUCCAUGCUGUGCCUUAAAAUAGAAGUACCUUCCCUCUCCAUAGCUUUCCAAAAUCCAUAGACCAGUAAAGCAGAAAUGACCAUGGCUUUAUAUUGUACACUUGGGAGGUGAUCCCGAGCCGAGAACAGAGCCCGUUCUCUGAGAUCUUGCUCUUGCUGUUCUUCCUUUCACUCCCAUGUCCAAGGUUCCAGGCACUUUAUUUUUCUUUCAAUAAAGGAGCAUUUGGGUAAUGAUUGUCUAUGAGUUACUCAGACACCUCUGACUGGACUGUGUCCUCUUUUUCAAAGAGGCAGUACCCAGCCACAUAGCCAUAGGCAAGAGGACAGAAUUAGAAGCCAUUAUCUGCUCUGGAAACAUACAUACCCUGGAUUCUAAUAUUUUCUUCUUGCCCUCAACCUGUGUGGACUGCAGGCUCAAUGAGUCACACAGGCACUCGUGUCUGAAUAUCUUGUGGAUACCCAGUCACAAGUUAUUGUGUAUUGCCUCCUGUGCUUAAGCUGUUUAACAAAAUACUAUCAUGCUUCCAUGUACAAUUCCUGUGCCCUCUCCUUCCCUUGGCUGUGUGAGUUGGGGGUAGAGGAAGUGAUAGAAGCUGUCUAAGCAGUGGGGUGGGAAGGACCUUGGCCUCUUUCUGUGUUUAUAACUGGAUCUGUGAUUCAUCCUGUGAGUCACUCAGCUCCACCUUCCUCCUCCAGCUACCCCUCCCAGCAGCCCUUGCUCCUGGCACAAACCUAUAACCAGAGCGAGGGUCUGAAAAUGGAAAAAUCUGACACAGCUCCUUGCCUCUCUAUCCCCUUUCCAUCCAGUGGACAUCUAUCUGCAUUUGUGCUGCAGGUGGUGAGAGUCUUCCUGUUAACCUAAUCCUCAACUGCAGCCCCUUUGUGCUUCUGGUUAGGCGAUGAUCACAUCACUUCUCUCCGUCCUGACCAUUCCCUCUAUAUUCUGCUGUUCCCAUACCUCAAGAUAUUAAAGAACAGAAUGAGGCUUUCGGAGGAAAGUGGUGGGGAGAAGAAAAGUAGGUCAUGGGAUUUUGGCACACCUGUUCCUAAGCUGUUCCUUACUACAUACUUUAUUCCAGAAGCAUUGAGGUGUGUGGUGGGGUGGUGGUGACCAGCAGUCUUUAGGACUUCUACAAUCAGGCGUCUAGACCAGCUUGCUAGCAAGUACAUACCUGUUUGUUCCAGUCUCUGCUCAUGCUAGUUCACUAUUUCCACAGUUGCAGCCAACAAAGAGAACUUUGGAAGCUGAGGCUGGAAGGAUGUGUGCUGUGGGGAAGGGAGUGUUGAAUGUCACGGCCCCCACCUAAGGAUUGCUGCCUCUGUACAGACUCAAAAACAAUAAAACAGCAGCUCAUUAACACCUA